CAGUCGUUUUGAGCGUUUCGUAAACAUAGUGCGUUCCCUAAAUUCCCAACUUUUUCACGUGUCGCCAGAAUCCGAAUAAUCCUGGCCAAUCUGUUGCUCCAAUCAAAACUGUGGAUUUGUGCGGUUUUCCACAUUUUCCGUUGCCCGAUUCCCUAAAAAGGGCUAUGAAUACUGCAAAUAGACUCUUUUUGGAUUCAGCUUGCCACCCCUGCAGUGCUUUACAAUUAGAUAAACUUCAAGGAUUGUAGAUUGAGAUAAGUAUCGCUAAUAUCGUAAACAAUUGAGAUAAUCCCAAUAUCAAAUCUUGAACCAUCGCCAAUUUUCUACAAUGACAAGAAUAACAUCAUCGCUGUAAGUUUCCAAAUCCAAUAACACCCAAAUUCCACCCAGUCGACGGAAGGAUGUCAGACCACGAGCUCACUGAAGACGAUCAUGAGAUCAAUAUCCUGGACAGUGACAGCAGAUUAUCAAAUUGUGAUAGCGAUGAACCAAGAUCUCGUUCUCCCAGGAGCAACUGCUCCAGCCCUGAUCCUGUGUCAAAUUCACACUCAUCAACCACCACUACAACACUGCCAUUUAGCAUUUCUAAUUUGUUGGGCAAAACAACCCAUGAAAAGUCUGAAACUGAAGGAAUUGAAUUGGAGCGGAUGAUGAGCUAUCCGGCGGGUUUCACGUCGCAUCACAGAACGGCUACAAGUCUGAUUCCGUCGGGGUUCUAUCCACAAGGUGUUUUGAGGGUUCCCGCACACAGGCCUCUGGGAGGUCCUGGCGCAUCCGGUGCCGUCUUUAAUCCUUGGGCAUUAACUCUGGAUCCAAUGCUGCAGAGAUCAGCAGCUGCCGCAGCAUUCGCUUCACAAGUUGUGAAAGACCGACUAGCAGCGUUCCCAAUGGUUCGACGAAUCGGGCAUCCUUAUCAAAAUCGCACACCCCCAAAGAGAAAGAAACCGCGAACAUCGUUUACGAGACUUCAAAUAGCCGAAUUGGAAAAGAGGUUUCACAAACAGAAAUAUCUUGCUUCAGCCGAGAGGGCAGCGCUUGCAAAAAGUCUGAAAAUGACCGACGCUCAAGUCAAAACGUGGUUUCAAAACAGAAGGACCAAAUGGAGGAGACAAACAGCUGAAGAACGAGAGGCCGAACGGCAAGCUGCGAAUCGUCUCAUGUUGUCCUUUCAAGCCGAAGCUAUUACAAAAGGUUACAUGCCCGAAGCCCCCCCGCCGGCGACCGGCCCUGGCGACACGGCCCUAAGCGCCCUACAGAACCUACAACCCUGGGCCGGACCCUACAACGCACCCCAACCCGCGUUAGCUGAAUCGUUGUGUUAAAAAAAGCUAAUUAGUUCGUUAAGUAGUGACGGUGUAUGAGAAAAAAAAUGACAAAAACGCGCCUAAAUCGAAAAGACUGUGCAAUAUCUUAAAGAAAAGUUCAUUUAGGUGCUUCUUGGACUCAUUGUACGUAACGCAAAAAAAGGACGUUUUCGAAAUGGGCAAACACCCACCUUAUCUUUCUGAUACUGUUGAAGUGUGAUCUGUGUAGUAUAACUAUUGUUAGUUCGUCGUAAAAAUAACUUAACAAUAGGGUAAUGACGCUACAUUGUAUUAUUAACCGCU